CGGACAGCGGGCUGAGCGUGCCGGGCCGAGGGAGCGCCCAUGGGUGCGGGCAGUGCGCUGUGCGGGCCCCGGGACGGGGACUGGAACCAGACAUGGCAUGCAAACAUCCCAGGACUGACCUGGUGCUUCGAGAGCUCCAUCAUUGCCUGCAUCCCUUGUGCCUAUCUUUGGAUCUGUUUUCCUUUCUACUACUGCUACCUUCGACACAGAAAUAAAGGCUACAUCAGGAUGUCCCACAUCUUCAAAGCCAAAAUGGUCCUUGGAUUCAUCCUGGUAGUAUUGUGUUUUUCUGAUGUCUUCUUCACGGUGUGGGAGAAAAGCCAAGGAAUCCCAAGGACCCCAGCACUCUUCAUUAGCCCUGCUGUGGUGGGAAUCACAGUGGUCCUUGCCUUGUUCCUUACCCAAGCAGAAAGAAUGAUGGGCAUCCAGUCUUCAGGGGUCCUACUGAUUUACUGGCUGCUCUCAUUUGUGGCUGCACUUGUGAUGCUCAGUUCCAGCAUUCAGCACACCCUGGAAAAAGGCUUCCUGGAAGACCAUUUCCACCAUGUUACAGCUUACCUUUAUUCUGGCCUGGUGCUAGGACAACUUGUGUUGUUCUGUUUAGUUGAUCACCCUCCCUUCUUCUCUAAAGCUGACAACAAUCCUAAUCAGUGUCCAGAAGCCAGCAGCUCUUUUCUUUCCAAAAUCACGUACUGGUGGUUCUCUGGGCUUCUCUGGAAAGGAUCUCAGCAGGCCUUGGGGGUGGAUGACUUGUGGCCAGUGAGAAAACAGGACUCUUCUGACGAAAUUGUUGCCUGGGCAGAAAGAGAGUGGAAGAAGUGUCACAGCAGAACCCAACAAACCCAACAGAAAAUGGAGUCUGCUAAAUUUAAAAAGAGUCAGAAAGCUGCAACUGGCACAGCAGAAGCUGAAGAGACAGAGGCUUUACUGCAAUCAAAGCACAGUCAGAGCGGGCCCUUACUGAGAAUGUUUUGGAGCAUGUUUGGAACUUAUUUCCUUCUCAGCACUGUCUGCUUAGUUAUCUGUGAUGUCUUCUUGUUCUCCACCCCAAAAGUACUGAGGCUUUUCCUGAAGUUCAUUGAAGAUCAGGCAGCCCCAAGCUGGAUUGGCUAUUUCUAUGCCUUCAGCAUGUUCCUGCUGGGCUGUCUGCAGACUCUGUUUGAGCAGCGCUACAUGUACAUGUGCCUUGUUCUGGGGCUGAGGCUGAGAACUGCACUAACAGGCCUUGUGUACAGGAAGAUCCUAGUUAUGUCAAAUGCCUCAAGGAAAGAAGCAACCACAGGUGAAAUUGUUAAUCUGAUAUCUGUUGAUGUGCAGAAGCUAAUGGAUCUGAUUAUCUAUUUUAAUGGGACCUGGCUGGCUCCUAUUCGGAUUAUCAUCUGCUUUGUCUUCUUGUGGCAGCUUCUAGGGCCAUCUGCUUUGACUGCAAUCGCUGUAUUUCUUCUUCUUUUGCCUCUGAAUUUUGUGAUCACCAAGAAGAGGAGUCAGUUUCAGGAAACUCAGAUGAAAUAUAAGGACGAGAGGGCCAAACUCACCAAUGCCAUUCUCAGCAACAUUAAAGUAAUCAAACUGUAUGGCUGGGAGAAAACCUUCAUGGAGAAAGUGCUUGAAAUCCGAAAGCAAGAACUUCAGGCCUUAAAAAGAUCUCAGAUUCUCUUCUCAGCAUCCCUAGUUUCUUUCCAUUCAUCAGUUUUCCUGAUCACCUUUGUCAUGUUUGCUGUCUAUACCCUGGUGGACAACACACAUGUGCUGGAUGCUGAGAAGGCCUUUGUGUCCUUAACGCUGAUCAACAUCCUCAACACUGCCCACUCCUUCCUGCCCUUCUCCAUCAACGCUGCUGUCCAGGCCAGAGUUUCCUUAAACCGCUUAGCAGCUUUUCUGAAUCUGGAAGAACUGAAUCCUGAGAGCUCAAGCAGAAACACUUCUGGCUGUGUACAGGCAAGCAUCACCAUAAGAAAUGGAACUUUUUGCUGGAGCAAAGAAACUUCUCCUUGUCUUAGAAGCAUAGACCUCAGUGUGCCCCAGGGCUCUCUGCUGGCUGUGGUUGGGCAGGUGGGCGCUGGCAAGUCCUCCCUGCUGGCAGCGCUGCUGGGCGAGCUGCACGCCACGGACGGCUGCGUGACCGUGAAGGGCACUGCAGCUUAUGUCCCCCAGCAAGCUUGGGUUCUAAGUGCUUCAGUGGAAGAUAAUAUUCUGUUUGGGAAACAGAUGGAUGAAACAUGGUUCAAUAGAGUGACAGAGGCUUGUGCACUGCACCCUGAUUUGGAGACCUUCCCUGCAGGGCAGAAGAGUGAAAUAGGAGAAAAGGGAAUCAAUCUCUCUGGAGGGCAGAAGCAGAGGGUGAACCUUGCUCGGGCCGUGUACCAGAAGGCUUCGAUUUACCUGCUGGAUGAUCCUCUGUCAGCUGUUGAUGCCCACGUUGGGCAGCACAUUUUUGAACAUGUUCUUGGACCCAGUGGUUUACUGAAGGACAAGACUCGUGUGCUGGUGACUCACACAAUUAACAUUUUGCCUCAAGUGGACAACAUUGUUUUUCUGGUGGAUGGAAUGAUCUCAGAAACUGGUUCCUACCAAGAACUUCUACAGAGAAAUGGGGCCUUUGCAGAAUUUCUGCGUUCACACGUUGCUGCAGAAGAGAAGCCACGUGCUGGUUUUCCAGGCUAUAUAGGACAAAACAGGAUUCUAAAGCAUUUAGAAAAAAUACAUUAUUUCACAGCAGUGGGAGACACCAAAGGCACUAUCACCACUGGAAAUGGUCCAUCUCAGGAGAAACCCCUCAGUGGUGAUUCAGUAAAAUCUGCUGUGGGAAGGGAAACCACUCCUGUGAGCCAAGACUGUACCAGUGCUGCAGCCACCAGUGGAGGAUUAACCAAGGCAGAGAGAACUCAGCACAGCAGGGUCAGUGCUGGGGUGUAUGGAGCCUACCUGAAGGCGACAGGCCCAGCCCUGUGUGUGUACAUUGUCCUGUCCUUCACGUGCCAGCAGGCCAUGGCCUUCUCCCGGGGCUACUGGCUCAGCCUCUGGGCAGAUGACCCUGUGCUCAACGGGACACAGCAGCACACAGAGCUCAGAGUUGGAGUCUUUGGUGCGUUAGGAGUGGUGCAAGCCCUUGGCAGGUUUGCCUGCACAGCAGCAGUGCUGCUGGGGGGUGUGUUAGCCUCACACCAGCUCUUCCAGCAGCUGCUGAGCAGUGUCAUGAGAUCCCCAAUGCUCUUCUUUGAGCAAACACCCAUUGGCCACCUGCUGAACCGCUUCUCCAGAGACAUAGAUGCUCUUGAUUCUGUCAUCCCUGACAAGCUGAAAUCUGUGCUGGGAUUCUUGUUCAACUUACUGGAGAUCUGCCUGGUGAUUGUGGUGGCUACACCAUGGGCAACAAUGGCCUUAGUGCCCUUGACUGUUCUUUAUACAGCAUUCCAGCACUUCUAUGUCACCACCUCCUGCCAGCUGAGGCACAUGGAGGCUGCCAGCAGGUCACCCAUCUACUCCCACAUCUCAGAAACUUUCCAAGGCAGCAGUGUGAUCCGUGCUUACAAAGACCAGCAGAGGUUUAUUUCAAAGAGCAAUUUCUUAGUGGAUGAGAACCAGCGAAUUUGCUUCCCUGGAGCUGUUGCUGACAGGUGGCUUGCUACAAACCUGGAGUUCCUGGGCAAUGGCAUCGUGCUGUUUGCAGCCUUGUUUGCAACCAUGAGCAGGACACAGCUCAGUCCAGGAACUGCUGGCUUCUCCCUUUCCUAUGCUCUCCAGAUAACUGGUGUGCUGAACUGGAUGGUUCGCUCCUGGACAGAAGUAGAGAACAACAUUGUUUCUGUGGAGAGAGUGAGAGAAUACCUGAGGACUCCUAAGGAGGCACCCGGGACUCUGAAUAGCAAACUUCAAGGGCAAGUUUGGCCCACUGAGGGAAGGAUUGAAUUUAGGAACUACAGCCUGUGCUACAGACCAGGUCUGGAGUUAGCACUGAGGGGUGUCAGUGUGACCAUCAACGGGCACGAGAAGAUUGGCAUAACUGGCAGAACAGGAGCUGGGAAAUCCAGCCUUGCAGUGGGGUUGCUGAGACUGGUGGAAGCUGCAGAAGGAGCCAUCCUAAUUGAUGGACAGGAUAUUGCCCAACUAGGUCUCCAUGACCUCAGAACCAAGGUCACUGUCAUUCCCCAGGACCCAGUUUUGUUUUCUGGCUCCCUAAGAAUGAAUCUCGACCCAUUGAACCAACACACUGAUGCAGACAUCUGGACAGCUUUGGAACUGACUCAACUCAAGAACUUUGUUGCAGAUUUGCCAGAGCAGCUGGAAUAUAAGUGCACUGACCAAGGGGAAAACCUAAGCACUGGCCAGAAACAGCUGGUUUGCCUGGCCAGAGCACUCCUGCGGAAAGCCAAAAUCCUCAUUCUGGAUGAGGCCACAGCAGCAGUGGAUUUGGAAACUGAUGUCCAGAUUCAGUCCAUGCUGAGGACUCAGUUCAGAGACAGCACCGUGCUAACCAUCGCUCACCGGGUAAACACCAUCCUGGACUGUGACAGGAUUUUAGUCCUGGAAAAUGGCCGGAUAGCAGAAUGUGAUACUCCAGAACACUUAAUAGCUCAGAAGGGACUGUUCUACAGCCUGCUGGAAGAAUCAGGCCUUGCAUGACUCACUCAUGGAGUAUCCCAUAGCACCACCACCAUCAGGAGUAAUUGACCUCAUAAUUGAGUUUUGAGUUCUCUCUAAAAUGCCUGACACUCAACCAAAGCUUGUUUGAGCCAGAACUGCAGUGAGCAGAUGGAAAGGGGUAACUUGGGAUACACAUUAUUUCCACAGGAAACUCAGCAAUUCCACUUUCAUUAUGUUUCCAGAUACCAAAACCUCAUUUGACUGCUGAAAAUGAGCCAGUCAGGACUUAAAUACUUUUGUGGUAUAAAAGCAAACAAGCCAAAAGAGAAAGACCACAGCAUUCCCAAUUUAUACUGUAAGGGGAGCCCAAAUAUAAAUCAUACUUCAAGAUUACACAGAUUAUUUUUAAAAGCCAAAAAGAUUUUAUGGACAGCAAGGAAGAAUUCAACUGGUAGCAAGAAAACGUAGCUGUUUGCAGUUGAUCCUAAGCUCCAAAAACAAAUGUUGUAUUUUGUCAUUAUCUUUGUCAGUAUCUGAGGACUGCUCACUCAGUGCUGUUCUUACAUAGCUGUGGACUCCAAGGCAGCAGCUGGAGCUCAUCAUCCCAAGUGCACAAACACUGGGGAGGAGGGAAGAAGAGGCAGGAUGCCACUUAGCAGGAGAGCAGAGGCUGCCUGUUGUCACAGCUGGGAUCAGAUGCACUCCCUCCCUCGGCAGGAGCAGAGCCAGCUCCAGCAAGGGAUCAGCAGUGCAGGACAGGAACGUGGCUGGGAGUGGCAGCAGAGCAUCCAGCACUCCUACCCAGGCCUUGGAGCAUUCCCACUGCCAAGUGCCAGGUGCUCACAGCAGGGCAUGUCCAAACAUUGGCACCAACAUUUCCAAACUGCAUUUGGCCACGAGGAAUUUGCGUGGUUGGAAGUGCCCUCCUCUCUGAUUCCUGCAGCAUGUGAGGAAAGCAGCAGGAUCUCACCUGCUGACCUGAUGGCUCAUUCCUGGUUUUCUUCUGGAGUGCAAGUUGACUCCUGCAUGUGCCACGCUGGUGCUGCAGAGUCUCUGGCAUGGUCACCUGUCAAAUGUUGCUUUAACAAACCAAAACAGAAGCAAAAGCUUCCCGGGCUUGCCACAGUGUCUGCAGCCAGAGCUGUCCCCAGGUCUCUCCUCAGGAAUCACAGGAUGAUAGUGUGACAGUCCAGUGCACACUGAGACACUGUCUUUACUAUGACUUUUGUAAAAGCAUCCCAUUUUCUAGAGAGAUGAAAUAAAAACAGAAUCAAGUAUUUAAAUGGGUCUCUUCAGUAAAUAAAGCAAAUAUAACACAGAAAGGGGCAAUAGGGAGGGGAGAGU